UCACGCUCUGUCUGACAGGACAGAAGAGACGGAGACACAGGCAUCAUUGUCCAGUGAGGAUGAGGACGUUGUGCUCUAGACGGGUUCUGCAGCAGUGGUUCUUUGCUCUGUUCUUACUGUGUUCUCCUGUUCCGCACCACGGCAGGCCCAUCGAUGCCCUCAACAGUUUCAGGAGGCGUUCAGUGACUCACGCUCAGCUGAUGCACGAUAAGGGCCGGACGCUGCAGGACUUCAAGAGGCGCAUGUGGCUGCAGGAGCUGCUGCAUGAAGUUCACACGGCCGAGAUCCGGGACGUCCCGCAGCCCAGAGGAGGCAUGGCCAGCAGCGGAGGGGGCGGCGGCCUCACGGUUGCCAUGCCGAUGGGAGUGGGUGUGUCCAUAGGAACUGGAACCGCCCACCCUAAACCCGCUGGAGGCACCAAGAACCUGCCGAUCAGCUUCCGUCUGGAGGAUGAGGAGGGAACCAACCUCCCGCAGGAAACCAACAAGUCCCAGACGUACAAGGAGAGCACGCUGAAGGCCAUCGGCAAGAGGAAGAAGAAAGGCCGCGCGGGGAAGAGGAGGGAGGGGGAGAAGAGGAAGAGGAGGGCUCGAUCGCUGCAGGAGUUCACCAGCGGUAUCCAGCACUAAAACACUGUCAGUCUUUGACAACGAUCCGUGAGGACAUUUGAAAUGGACACCUAAAUGUUCAUGUAAACGUGAGAGGAAAAUAUUUAUUGUCUGUAAAUAUUACAAUGCGCCCGAA